ACAGGCACUUCCGGGAGUGAGGGCCUUCCCCCUCCCGGCCCCGCGGGCACUCGAGCCCCGAGUUCCGGACUCCAAGCAGCGGUUAGGCGACGAUCGCUCCUCGGCCUCGGGUUACGGCGGGCCGCGCAUCACGGGCCUCCUCGCCGCCUCGGCGGGGUCUCCGGGGCCGCCAUGGUUCUGCUGCACGUGAAGCGGGGCGACGAGAGCCAGUUCCUGCUGCAGGCGCCGGGGAGCACGGAGCUGGAGGAGCUCACGGUGCAGGUGACCCGGGUCUACAACGCGCGGCUCAAGGUGCAGCGCGUCUGCUCAGAAAUGGAAGAAUUGGCAGAACAUGGCAUAUUUCUCCCUCCUAAUAUGCAAGGACUGACUGAUGACCAGAUCGAAGAAUUGAAAUUAAGGGAUGAAUGGGGUGAAAAGUGUGUACCCAGUGGGGGCUCGGUAUUUAAAAAGGAUGACAUCGGCCGAAGGAAUGGGCAAGCUCCAAAUGAAAAGAUGAAGGAAGUGUUAAAGAAGACUAUAGAAGAGGCCAGAGCAAUCAUAUCGAAGAAACAAGUGGAAGCCGGAGUGUGUGUUACCAUGGAGAUGGUGAAAGACGCCUUGGACCAGCUGCGAGGUGCAGUGAUGAUUGUCUAUCCCAUGGGGCUGCCGCCAUACGAUCCCAUCCGGAUGGAAUUCGAAAAUAAAGAAGACUUGUCUGGGACUCAGGCAGGACUGAAUGUUAUUGAAGAAUCAGAGGCCCAGCUGUGGUGGGCGGCCAAGGAGCUCAGAAGAACAAAGAAGCUUUCAGACUAUGUGGGCAAAAACGAGAAAACCAAAAUUAUCGCCAAGAUUCAGCAAAGGGGACAAGGGGCCCCAGCCCGAGAACCGAUCAUCAGCAGUGCGGAGCAGAAGCAGCUGAUGCUGUAUUAUCACAGAAGACAGGAGGAGCUCAAGAAAUUGGAAGAAAAUGACGAUGACUCCUGUUUAAAUUCCCCAUGGGCAGAUAACACUGCUUUGAAAAAACAUUUCCACGGGGUAAAAGACAUCAAGUGGAGGCCAAGAUGAAGUUCACCAGUUGGUGAUGCCCUCGUUAAUACCGGCUCACCUUUCCUGUAGGCAAAAUAAAAACACAUUUAAAUAAUAAUAGGGCGCCCACAACCCUCUGAAAAAUGUUGAGUUUCUAGUUGUUCUAGUUUUUCUUUCCGUUUGAAUGUAUCUGAUAAAAAUUAUUUAAGGUUUUAGAAUUUAAUAAAUACAUCCUCAAAA